GGGCCAGCGUAUCGCGAAAGAGAAGGAGACGAUUCAGGAGUUGGCCAAGUACAAAGUCGAAGGGGCUAUGUAUCGGACGGUGCAGAAGAUAUUCAGUAAGGAGGAUGAGACCACACCAUGGCAAAUGGAGAGAGGAUAGUUAUACUGAUGCGGUGGGAUAGUUGUUGCUGUCGUUGGCUGUUUUGCGUACUGGUUCGGCCAGUAUGGGUGGCCGGAGCCGGACCUCCAAUCCACCACUCCCCUCUCCGCCGUGAAACCGCCAGAACACAACAUCGACGACUCGAACAUGGAGCCCGCCUUCAUCGACCUCCAGACCAUCGUAGGACGGGAGAACCUCUCGCUCGAGAAGGCGGACCUGGAAUCGCACGCCGGAUCCUCGUGGUCCUCCCACGCCGCCGAGCCCCACCACAUCCCCUUCUGCAUCGUCAAACCCCGAACCACGGAAGAAGUCAGCGCCAUCAUGAAGAUCUGCCACGACCGCCGCAUCCCCGUGACGGCCUACUCGGGCGGCACCAGCCUCGAGGGCCACUUCACGCCGACGCGCGGCGGCGUCUGCAUCGACUUCAGCAACAUGGACCGGAUCCUCAAACUCAACGCCGACGACCUCGACGUCGUGGUCCAACCCGCCGUCGGCUGGGAACACCUCAACGAGGAGCUGGCGCAAUCCAACCUCUUCUUCCCCCCGGACCCAGGCCCCGGCGCCAUGAUCGGCGGCAUGAUCGGCACCGGCUGCUCGGGCACAAACGCCUUCCGCUACGGCACCAUGAAGGACUGGGUCCUCUCCCUCACCGUCGUGCUCGCCGACGGCACAAUCAUCAAGACGCGCCAGCGGCCCCGCAAAUCCUCGGCGGGCUACGACCUCACGCGCCUCUUCGUCGGCAGCGAGGGCACCCUGGGCCUCGUGACGGAAGCCACACUCAGACUUGCCGUCAAGCCGCAGCACAUGAGCGUCGCCGUGUGCGCGUUCCCCACGGUGCGCAAGGCCGCCGAGUGCGCCUUCAAGGUCGUCCAGGCGGGCGUGCCCAUCGCCGCCAUCGAGAUCCUCGAUGAUGUCCAGAUGCAAUGCAUCAACGACGCGGGGCGUACGCGGCGCACGUGGAUGAACGCACCUACAUUAUUCUUCAAAUUCGCGGGCACGCCGGCCUCGGUCAAGGAGCAGAUUGCCCAGGUGCGGAAACUCGCGUCGGGCACGGGGUCCGUGUCGUUUGAGUUUGCGCGCAACGAGCAAGAGCAGCAGGAUCUGUGGGCGGCGAGGAAGGAGGCGUUGUGGAGCGUCAUGGCCAAGGGGGAGGGCAGGGAGGAUGUAGGUGUUUGGACGACGGAUGUCGCGGUGCCGAUAUCGAGGUUGCCGGAUUUGAUGGAGGAGACGAAGGAGGAGGUGAGGAGGAGUGGGUUGUUGGCGAGUAUUGUGGGGCAUGUUGGGGAUGGGAAUUUCCACUGUAAGCCCUUUUCUUCUUCUUCUUCGUCGUCUUUUUGUCCUGUUUGAUCCCUUCUCAUUACUCUUUUCCCCCCACUGUCAGGUCCAGUGCUAACACGUCCUUUUUCAGCGAUCAUACUAUACUCCAAAUCCACCCCCUCAGAACACACCAAGGUCUC